GCUUCCUUUCUGAGGAUUAAAUAAAACAAAUUUAUUAACACCAACUAUAUAGUACAUUUAGUAAGUAUAAUUUAUAGCAAUUAUAAUUAUGUUUGUAGAAGAAAGUUACUUGAUUUUUGCUUUCAUAGAACUUAAAUGUCAGUUAUAAUUAACAAAAUUAAUAAAUCCUUUACAUUUUAACUAGAUUUGUUUUUUGAAUAGGAUAGGAUAAAAUAGUUAUUAAAUUAUAUUAACUUAAUAACACUAUCUUUUGUUACACUUGGUAUAAUAAUCGUCGACUUCUUUUUACAUUUGUUAAAAAAUUAUCUAUACCAAAAUUGGAUGAAAAUGAAAAUGCUUUCACAGUCAUCAUCAUUUACAUCAGACUAAUUCUGAUAAUAUUAUUGCUAUGGCAUAGUCUAAUGCACUACUCACUAUAUAGGUAGACCUUGUACAUCCAUGAGGUCCUCUUGCAGCGCUUGCGUGGUGGAUGAAGGCGGCACGGCGAAAGCGCUGUGAUGUUGCGGCCGUGGCCUCCUCGGGGAACGCGCCGUGAUCACUCGUGGCUUGUGGACCUCGUCCAUUACUGAAGGUGCCACCUAUCUUUUAUUCUCAACGUGAUGUUGAAUUAUGGGACAGCCUGUUUAUAAAAUUGAUACAUAACCGAGGAAGAGUAAUUAACCAAGCCAAUUAAUAAGAGUAAUUAACCAAACCAAGCCAACUGAGUCAUUGAAUAAUUCUCCAACUGUCGCCGAGUCAUUACUCAAACAGAAUGUUAAUACAUGUUUAAAAGAAUUUAGAUUUGAAAAAGUACUAUCACAAGAUGUUGUAAAAUACUUCAAAACUAUUGAUGUUAAGAAGACCGCAGAUUUGUGGGGGAUUUCCGUUACAGUUAUUGCGUCCAUAAUAGAUUUAAUUGCACCUAUCUUGCUAUUAUCUUUAAUACUUGUAUCGAUUCUGGUGUGUUUCCUGAUUUAAUGAAGUAUAGUAGAGUAAUACCUUUAUUUAAAUCUGGUAGUACAUUGGACCCCGCUAAUUUUAGAUCUAUUUCUGUACUACCAACUCUCAGUAAAAUUUUUGAAAAAAUCAUUUUGGAUCAAUUGUUAAUUUUUUUUAAUACUAAUAAAUUACUUCAUAAAAACCAAUUUGGUUUUACAAGGGGUCGCUCAACGUCUGACGCCGGUGUUGAGCUUAUGAAAUAUAUUUUUAAUGCCUGGGAAAAUUCCCAAGAUGCCUUAGGUAUUUUCUGUGAUCUUUCCAAGGCUUUCUAUUGUGUUCAUCAUGAGACAUUAAUCAGGAAACUACAACAUUACGGUGUAAAAAAUUUAGCGCUUAGACUUAUUAGUUCAUAUUUAAGUAACAGAACUCAAAAAGUCGUGAUCAAUGGUAAAGGUUCCUCCGGAUCAGUAGUAUCAAUGGGUGUUCCUCAUGGCUGGAUUCUUGGCCCAUUCCUGUUUUUAAUCUAUAUUAAUGACUUACUUUAUCUUGUAGGGGACAAUCACGAUAUAGUAUUAUUUGCUGACGAUACCUCUUUAAUUUUCAAACUCAAACGGCAGUUAAUUAAUUAUGACGAUGUAAAUAAUGCUCCAUCGAAAUUGGUACAUUGGUUUAACGCCAACAAUAUGCUUUUAAACGGCAAUAAGACAAAGUGUAUUAAAUUUACAAUACCUAAUGUAAAACAUUCGAAUACCAAUGUGCUGUUAAAUGUGGAGGAGUUGAGUCUUGUGGAUACCACUGUUUUUCUUGGUUAUUAUUGACGCGAAACUUCAAUGGGGCCCCCAUAUAUCUAAAUUAGCAAGCAGACUUAGUUCUGCGGCAUAUAUUGUAAGAAAGAUUAGAAGUCUCACAGAUGUUGAGACAGCUAAAUUAGUGUAUUUUAGUUACCUUCAUAGCGUAAUGUCUUAUGGAAUUUUGCUAUGGGGUAAUGCGACUGAUAUUGAAGCUAUAUUUGUUUUGCAAAAGAGAGCCGUACGGGCGAUUUAUAACCUAAAUUGUAAAGAGUCCCUCAGAGAAAAAUUUUAAGAAAUAAACAUAUUAACUUUGGCUUCGCAAUAUAUUUAUGAGAAUGUAAUGUAUGUGCAUAAAAACAUAAAUAGCUUUAAUAAGAAUAAGGAUGUGCAUACUUUAAACACUAGGAACUAACAUAAACUUGUAAUGCCAGUUACUAGACUCCACAAAAUCAGUAAUUCAUUUAUGGGGCAAUGUACAUAUACGCUUUUACAACAAAAUCCCAGAACAUAUUCAGUUUGUCAAUAAACAAGUUUAAAAGUUUAAUUAAAGAAAGACUGUACAAAAAGGGUUAUUAUAAUAUCAAGGAAUACAUGAAUGAAAAUAACCCCUGGGAAUAGGGUGAUCGCCACCAUGCUGGUUCUAUGAAAAAUCAUUUAAAAAUUGUAUAAACAAAAUUAUUGUUAAGUGAAAUUAUGUUUGCUGGGUUUCUUGCUGGUUCUUCCCAGGACUGGGAUGUUUUCCGAACCAGUGGUAAAUAAAAAAUUACUUUCAAUAAGUAUUAUGUAAUAAUCAAUAUUGAAUAAAAAAUUAUUCUAUUCUUUCUAUUCUAUUC